UACAAAAAAUUCGUACUAUGAAGAAAAAGAAAACAAAAAGAAAAAGGGAGACAAAAAGGAUUUCGUCCGAACAGCCGCGACAGGAUCACGAAUAAUUAGCGAAGACAAUUCGGGGAAGAUUCGGGGUGAUUUCCUGGAAAGAUCAUUCAAGCAGCAUGCAAGUGUCUCCUGUCUCUCUCGGAGGGAUAGCUGCUUUUGUUAUGCUAGAGAAUCUUGGAUCUUACGCUAUGAUUGAGCAAGAAAGUCACAGAAAAAGUUUCAGAGUGUGAAGUAAAAAACUGUUGCUUUAGUCAUUGACAUGGCAGGAACUGGAGCAUCAUCACACAAAAUAUUUCUUCCUCCAUCACUGAUUCCUGCAGCUGGUACACCAAAAACCCUAACCCUACCCUCAGCAGGUGGAUCUUUUAACCUAGGAGAUGGCCAAAAAAGAUGGCUUGUGACAGGUAUUUGUCUCAAUAAAAUUCUUCUGCCAGCCCUAAGAGGUUUUGUUGGAACAGAGAUGAUCAAGCACUACACUCAUCUGAGAACCACCCACAGCAUUGACAAGCAAAGUCCCUCCAAAUACUUGAAGACAGAUAAAAAAUAUAUGCUGAAUUAUGCCAGCAUAAACAAUACUGAAGCAAAACACAAAAAGAAAGUCCAUCUUUAUGACUAUAGUAUAAAAUCUGAAGUUGACUUGGCUAAGCUGUACUUGCAGCCUUAUAUGGCUAAAUUUACAGGUAAGGAUGAUUUCUCUGUGUUUUAUCUUUUUUGCUAAUAAAAAGGAUGUUUUCAGUAAGUUUUUUAAGUUGCUUUUGUUGAUUGCUUUGUUGGGAUGUUGUGACUUUUAGAAUUCCCUUCACUUAACCAUUUUAUUAAUACUGACAUGAUUUUCUUAUUAAAAAUAUGACCAGCCACUUAUAUUAUGUGAAAGGCUAGUUUAGGUUGAUAAUAAAGGAAGCUUGUAUUAAGAAAAAAAAAGAGAAC